AGAGUAGCCUUUUUGCGAAAAAAACUUUUUAGUGAAAAAAUACCACUUUGCGUAUUUUUUACUUUCCUAACUACAUUUUACUACCCCGCAAAAGUUUUAUCGCAGUUUUUAGUAGCUCCCCUUUCUAAUCGAGUAAACUUAAGUUCGCCCAAAAUAAGAGAAAUAAAGUGAAUAUAAUAUGCGUUUUAUAAAAUAGUAUAUAUUAUACAUUUUAAUUUCCCUUCCCCUUCUAUAGCAAUUUUUCACUGUAUUAUCUUUUCUCCGUCUUCAGGCUGAUCCACUUUUUAGCAAAUUUUUUGUUCUCACAGCUUCCUUAUUGAUACCCCACAGUUAGGAAGUCACUUCUCCUGUGAGCUCUUUCGAGGUUGAAUUCGUAGAGAGCGCUUCGGACUCUUUUAGCCAUGCUCUAAAUUGAUACGGGCAGCUAAUUAGGCCAAGUUUGUACUCACGUGGUCCCUCGUUCGACGCGUCGAUAGGCCAAAUAGAGCUUAGCUAGCCAAAAAUUUUCUAAUGAUUAAUUAAAAAAAAAUACACAAUUAAAUUGAUCAUAGCGAAUUAAUAAAAGAUGAUGACCCCCUCUUACAUCCAACUUUUUUUAUUCACCUUUUUCGUUUGCGCUUGGCAAACCCCAGGCCGAUGCACCGUUGAUGAGAGCGCCGUGAAGGCUACCUCUUCCCAGAGGUGCGGACGAAUGUUGUCCGAAUAUGCCUCCUCCGAUGACGGACGUGAUUUCUCAGAUGAUACAUCCUCCACCGUUACGAGUAACGACACGGAUAGCAUCAUCUCCGAUUUUAAUGAAGAAGAUGAGGGUUACUUACAAAAUUAUUUAACGUCUAGAAUAAAUAGAGAAAGAGGAGAAAGAAGCAGAAGAGAGUUUUACGAUUACAUAGGAUCACUCGACAGUCUCGAUUCUGUAGGUUCUAGAAGGAAGGUGUUGAAGAAGGUUCUGUCUCAUCUGAAAAAACAGGAAUCAUUCGACUAUGAUGCGUUGAAGGACUAUAUAGAUGCCAAUUUGGAGGGAGAACAGAGAGAAAAAAUGAAGAUGUUGGUGGAUGAGUUGAAGAAGUAUAAAAUAAAAUACCUACACAUGAAAUCUCGAUUCAAAAGUAAUAUGAAAAAAUUUAGAAAAAAGAUGAAGAAGCAGAUUAUGUUUAUGAUUUUACUAGUACCUUCCAUCACCAGUUUAUUGGUAUUAUUAUGGAUGAUCAUUUCUAUGACUAUGUGUGGCCCAGCUGCGCUCGCCUGCGCUCCUGCACUUGCUAGUACUGUUACUCCAGGUGUUGUCGGUGCUGCUGCUGGAGCUGCCGCGGGAGCAGCGGGAGCAGCUAGUGCUGCCGCCGCUAUCUCCGCCCCUGCUGUUGCUUGUGGUGCCUUAGCCGAUGUGGUGGUCUCUAGGGGAGUUGUCUGCUGUGGAAACAUCUGCAGAAUGAUAUAUGCCCCCUUUCCUCUAGCCUUCUUGUAAUGUGUGCCCCAGGGGGUGGUGGUAAAACGUAGUUAGUGCUAUUGCUUUGAUCCACGCGUGAGAAGGAUAAGAAGUAGGCGUUUUUUUUACUCUAUAUGCAAAAAUGGCCCUGUUUGACCCCAUGGCAAACAGGUUACGUCCACAUUUUAGUUGUUACAAUAGUGUUAGAAGCAGCUUACAAAAAGGGCAAACGUGAAAGGGAAAAAAAAGAAAGAAAAGAAAAGAAAUAUAUAUAUUAUGAGUAACCCCCGUAAGGCUGUUACCCCUUUUAAGCUCAAUGGGUGAAGUGAAGAAAGUGAAGAAGCAGCCUCGUGUAAAUUUUCAAUUUUUUCGCACCACUUUCGUCGCUUUUUUGUGAUUUUUUCGCGGCUCUCAGUUUUGCUCCCCAUAAGCGGACACUAUGCAUGCGAAUAUAUUUACAUACCUACCGUGCGUGCAUUCCCCGUUUUUAAUUACACGCAUUUUACGUUACUUACUCGUUGCGGUGUGAAAUUUGCCCUUCCCAUUUUUUCGUUCAAAAUGCCGCCAACAUGACAGAGAAGAAGAAAAAUUCACAGGAAAAGGUAGCGCAUGCAUGCGGAAAAAAAAAAAAAAAUGUAAAUGUAUACAUAUAUGUAUGUAUGUGAUGAAGACGUAUAUAUGCAAACAUAUUUCCUUCCCAUGAAAACACUCAGGUGAUAUAUAUAAUGGUGCGUUGUUUCACUUGCGAAUGUUUUCGCCUGUAUGUAUAAGCCUCGUUUAUGCUCCUAAAAAUGUACACGCGUUAUUACACUUUAGAAUUAAGCUAGCAAUUUUGAACCUAAUCCUCAACCCUAACUUUUUUAUAACUUCUUUUAAAUGAUGCCUGAUG